GGAACUAGGGAUGGGAUUGAGGGCUGGGCCUCAGCGGCCGAGCUAAAGUUUAGGCCUGAGAUAACGGGGAGGUGCUAAGGUUAAAGUGGAACAAAGAGGGAGAGGCCCGGAAUGAACUGGGAGGACCCGGAUGAAGAGCGCAGCGGAAGCUCAGACUUGGGCUAAGACAACGCAGCCUAGAGCGGAGGGAGGCGGGAGACUGGGCAAGCACGAGGCGGAGUUAAGGGCUGGACUGGGGCGAAGCUGAGAUUGGGGUUUACGUUGGACUCGGCCAAGCUGAGGUUCAGGGUUGGACUUCUGCGAGGAAGAGUCUUGUAGAGACGAAGAACUAGGCUGAGAGAUAUGUGGGUUAGGACGACACUGAGGAUUGAAAGGUGGACUAAGGAAAAAACUGAGGACGAUGCCAGCUGAUGGGACGAGAGCAGCACCGUACUUCCUGUGCUGUGGAAAACAGAAGGAGCUCACCAGGGACCAGUAGAAGGAUGACCGAGUGCCACUGAAAGCCCAGCUGAAGUCCCCAAGCAGUCAGCUACCUUCCUUAAGCAGGAUUCAGCUCCAGUACCCCAAAGGACAAAGCUAAGUGGCAGAAAAAGGAAGUGGCAGACUCUACCCUGUGGUUGCUGAUGGAGCUGCUGCCGGUUGGAGUUGUCUUUGGGAACACCCUGGGACAAUUCCUGGAACCGUCCCUUCUUGCCUAGACUCUGGCUCACUCCUAUUCAUGACUCCAGAUUCAGCUCCUAUUAUGCUUCUUCCAAGAAGGUCACCCCAUCCCCAUCUCAAUAUAAACAGGUUACCCAGCUGGGAGAGAGGACAUCUGCUGGCUGGUGUAGCGUCCAGCACUGACGCAUCUACCUUCUCCUCUGAAGGUGAAUUCAAGGACACUGACAGGUGCUGCUGGAAACACAGAAAGUGCACCGGGCACAUCAUCCAUCCCUUCACCUCUGACUAUGGCCACCACGACGUGCACCUGCACUGUAUCAGCCACUGUGACUGUGAUUCUAGGCUGAAGGACUGCUCAGAGAAGACAUAUAGCAGUUCCAGAGAUGUGGGCCUAACCUGCUCCCAAGAUGUGGACUCGGCCUGUUUCAACAUCAUCCAGUGCCCAUGCUUUGAGCUCAUCCCAGAGGGAGAGUGUGUGGAGCGGUUCUGGUGUGGCUGCUACAGGCCUGUCUCUGUGGCAGUGAUCCACCAUCCCAUCCACCGUGAGUGCGGGGCAGAUGACCUAAACCAAGAAGAGGAAGAGAAGGAGGAGGAGGAGGAGGAGGAGGAGGAGGAGGAGGAGGAAGAAAGCAAGCCUCCCAUCCCGACCCAGGUGGGGCCCCCUGCCCUCCUCACCAACACAGGUUUGGGCAUGGUCACAGGUACCCCUGACUUAGCAACUCCCAUCACUAUCUGGCGUUCCGAAAGCCCCACAGGGAAGUCCCAGGGCAAUAAGAUGAUCAAGAAGAUAAAGAAGAAAAAGGGAAAAGAGAAAGACAAGGAGGAGGAGACGGAUGAAAAAGCAAAGGUGAAGAAAAAAGUCAAGAAGGGCAAGUUGACUAAGAAGAAAAGCCCAGUUAAAUCAGAAUCACCUCCAGACUUAAGCCAAUCGUUAAGCCCAAGAGAGUUGGCCAGGAUGUCAGAGUCCAGCCCAGACAGCUGGCGAGAUCUGGACAGUUACAAUGACCCUGGGCGGGAGGAACCCUCCAGUAAGGAUAUUGUGGAGUCUUUAUCACCCAGGAAGAGAGAGAAGAACGGGGUCCAGGCCACGAAGCCCAGGAUGAAGACCUCACCAGUCAAGAAGGUCAACAUGAGGAAAUAUCCCCCAGCAUCAAACCCCAAUCUCAGUUGAGGCCAGGGUGACCAGGGCGAAGAAUAAAUACGAUCAAACCUG